CCUUUCUGACGGAACUAAUGUUGUGUUGCACAACGAAAUGUUACAUGACCUGACUUCGAACUGGGGAUGUUACACUGAGAUUCACGAUGUCAAGAGCUGGAUAUGUUGUGUCUCGUUUGGCACAGUAUUCUUUGUGUCGUGCUACUCGAAUUGACGCGAUUUCGACAAGUCUGAGACUAAACCACAGUAGGACCCUAACCCUGACCUCUCAGAAAUCGGCCAAGACGAAGAACCCAGCGGCUGACGAUGACGAUAAAGUGGAUUCACAACCCAUAAAGUUCUCCACCAGCAAAGGAAGUCACAAGACCUGGAAUGUGGACAAGUCGCUUGGCAGCAGGUACGAACGACCUUGGUGGAGAGUCAUUCCCAUCAGCAUCGGUUGCGUCGCUUUCUUGUUGUGGUGCGUGCUGAGAGGAGAGACGGACAUUGAUGAGCAGCUGGAGAGGCAUCUCAAUGAACACAUGCCCGGCCUAAUCCCCGAAGAGGACGAAGUGGUCCAGAAUAAAACCGUAUAAAGUUGUAUUUAAAUGA